AUGUCGGUCGAAGAAAAAGAAAAUAUAGAAAAGAAGAGAAAAAAGGAAUGUCGCUUAAAUAAAUUUCCAUGUUUGAAUGAUGGUGAUGAUGGCGAUGACGAAAAGUUGAUGGAAAUGAAAAAAAGGAAUGAUUUAAUUAAUAGCUGUAAUCAAAGCAAGUGGAACAGCUUCAAUCAAUUGACGAUGCAAUUAAAGUUAAUGGGCGUUUGUAGAAGACGAGAUUUUGUCUUCAUACGAAGAGUCCCUGAAAAUAUACAUGAGAUUGAAUGA